CAAAAAAUAUGUAGAAUGAAUUGAGGUUUUGAUUGGUUAACAUGUAUUGUAUACAAGUUGGUGUAGAAACUAGAAACUAUGUAAAAAGUUAUGUUUGGUUUAAUUUAAAAUUUCAUAGUCAAAUUGAUCGGUUAACUGGACCAAAUAAUCGAAUCUCGUACCGACCGGUUCAAUUGGUUUCUAUUUGCUCCUCUGUGCUCUGGACUCUGGAGGCUACUUUGAAGUGCUGCCGCCGAAGCUUUUUUGUCAAUGACGACGAAUCCGACGUUUCAGCUGUUUUCGUCUUCGCAAGGUUCUGGUUUAGGUUUAGGGUUCCUUGAUUCACCAGAGCCAGCUCUUCCUCCACCGCCUCCUCCUGUGGAAGUAUUAUCCUCCGAGGCGUCUUCCUCCGUUGAUCUAGCAGUGGAUAAAGUGAGUAUCGGCGAGAUCACUCUUUUGAAGGGUCGUGUGAGCACUAAAGAGGUCUUUGGAUUGCCUAAUUCAGAUUUGGUUCCUGGAGUAUAUGAAGGUGGGCUUAAGCUUUGGGAAGGAUCAAUUGAUCUUGUCAAAGCUCUUGAGAAAGAAUCACAAACUGGAAACUUAUCACUUUCUGGAAAGCGGGUUCUCGAGCUUGGAUGUGGUCAUGCACUUCCAGGAAUCUAUGCGUGUCUCAAGGGUUCAGAUGCAGUUCAUUUCCAGGACUUCAAUGCUGAGGUCCUUAGAUGUCUCACCAUCCCGAAUCUGAAUGCUAAUCUAUCCGAGAAGUCUUCCUCUGUCUCAGUAGGUGAAACAGAAGUACGCUUCUUUGGCGGUGAGUGGAGUGAAGUUCAUCAGGUUCUUCCACUAGUUGAUCAUGACGGAGAGAGUGAUAAGAAGGGUGGUUAUGACAUCAUUCUAAUGGCAGAGACGAUUUACUCCAUCUCCGCUCAGAAAAGUCUAUACGGCUUAAUUAAAAGGUGCCUUGCGUAUCCUGAUGGAGUAGUCUACAUGGCUGCAAAGAAGUACUAUUUUGGGGUUGGUGGAGGGACAAGACAGUUCUUGUCUAUGAUAGAGAAAGACGGUGUUCUUGCUUCAACAUUGGUGUCUGAAGUUACAGAUGGUUCCUCCAAUGUCAGAGAGGUAUGGAAGCUUUCGUACAAAUAAGUCAAAAAAGUUCUACCAGGAUUUUAGUGUCGCUCCAAAUCCAACGAUCCGACUAUAGUGAAUUUGGAUUGCUCAGUAUAAUGAGUUGAAAUUCAAAAUCUCAUCCAUGUUUAGCUUAUUUGUACCAAACUAAGCUUUACUUUGGGAAUGACUCACAUUUACUGUGUAUUACCAAUUCAGAUAAGUGCCUUUAUCCCUCUGA